AUGUUACUCCAUACUUUAUUAUUGGCCGCGCAACCUCAUGACGAACUGCGACCUAUUUCUCUUGCACAAGUCAUCUCAUUCCUCUCAGUCUGUACGCGUCUCAGACGGCACAUUGACAUCUUGCAACCUGCCGGCGACUCUUUCAACACGAUACCCGAUGUUCUUCCCCCAUCUAUUGUUGAUUUUCUUGUCAAUUAUCUCGGUUCAACUCAGGCUGCAGUGAACCGAUUGUGGGAUAUCUUACGAGAUGUGGCAUGGGCAGAGCCCACACCGGAAGAGCGCAAGAAGGAGGAAUCCCAACUAUUCGAAUAUCAUGCCAAACACUCAUUUUAUCCCCCCAACCGGUGCUGCACUACUCAGGGAUGCCUUCAAAAAGAUGCACCGUGCAAAAAGCUUGAGUCGCGACGUGUAGUGUUAUACACGCUGUCCGAGGGUGCACUACCUGCUUGGGACUUCCAUUAUUACUGUCGAGGCUGUAGUACAAACUACCACAAUAACUAUCUCGUUCGUAAUGGACAACGGCUCUACUAUGAAGGCGUCCCUGAUCAUCUUCAAGUCGGCGAACAUCAGUAUGUUGAGCGCACACUUGCAAACGCUUGGAUUGACCUGACAGUAGUUUCAUGGACAUCGGCCACUAACUGUGCACGAAUGCACGAGAUGUCCCAUUCACGACGUGCUCAUUCCAAAGUCGAAGUCGUUGUCGUUGACGGUCUUACCAUGGGCCAUCCCCGUUGCGCCGAACCCACUUGCUUCAAUGCGCUGCCUCGGAACCGAAACAAGAAGCGAUACUGUGAAGCUCACGAUGACUACCACAACAUCUGUGCCGUCGUCGGAUGUACAUCUCGCAUCACAGCAGGAUCAAUGACGUGCUCCGAUCCUCAACAUUCCGCAAUGGAGGCACUUCACAUCGAACGCGGAAAGUCAAUAUUUCGACUGCGUCAGUUGAGUGCUCGGGCGAAAGGAGUGAGCCGACAUGGUGAAGACGAAGAUGAGACAGAGGCGCUGCUGGACAUGGAUGAGAACGAGUGGUUCGAGGUGCUGGACACAGGGGAGGUUCGGAUUUACCAGGGGCCGGAGAGUUCUACU